UGCCACGUGAGUGUACCUGAGGGGCUCCUGAACAACCUGUUGCCAGGAUCAGUGACCCUGGUGAUGGAACGCUCAGAGGAGCUCAGCAAGGACUUGAACCCCUUCACUCCUCUUGUGGGCAUCCAGAUUCCUGACCACGCCUUCAUACAGGACUUGGCCCAGGUGUUUGGGGGACCUCUUGCUCUCACCAUUGCCAACCUCAGCUCCCAGGCCAGCUCUCUGAAUGUCAAGGAACUUCAGGAUCUCUGGCCUCACUUGUCCUUGGUCAUUGAUGGGGGACCAAUUGAGGAUGUCCAGAGCCCUGAGUGUCGACUAGGCUCAUUUGUGGUUGACUUGUCUGUGCCUGGAGAGUUUGGCAUCAUUUUUCCAGGUUGUGCCCUAGAAAGUGCUUCAACCAUCCUCCAGAAGUACGGGCUGCUCUCCUCACACGAAUCCUGCUUGUGA